AUGGUCAGGCCUGCUCGCCCGCCAGAACGAGGCCUCGCCGCCGCCUGGCCCUCUCGCUCUCUCGCUUCCGCCCGAGAGUGGAUCCGCACCCGCUCCCACGAGCGCCUCCUCUUGGUCGGCACCCUCAAGGCCACCAUCGCACUGUGCCUCCUCUGCAUCCUCGCCUUCUCGACCAGCUUCGCCCGCCUCAACCCGUACCCUGUCACGCUCAACGGCGCCUUCCUCGUCGUCGUCGGCGGCUAUCCUGGCGGCACCACCGGUCGAUGCUUCCAGGCCUUGCUCCUCGGUACGGCCGGUCUCGGCGUCGGGUGCCUCGUGUACGCGAUCCUCGGCGAGCUCGCCGACUCGCCGACCGGUCAAGGGUUCGUCUUUGCGAUCUGGGUCUAUCUUGCGGCACUCGUCCGCUUCGGCGGGCCCAAGUACAUCUCGUUCUACCUCUACGGCGUUCUCUUCUCGUUCAACGGCAUCUACGGCACGGUCGAGCAGGGCUAUUUCGACCGCCGCUUCUUCCUCGCCAACUUCGAGGCGUACGCGUGGGGCAUCGCCAUUGCACUCGGCGUCAACGUCCUCGUGUGGCCCAUGACGUCCGAGUCGGAGCUGCGCCGCCUCCUGGUCACGUCGCUCCAGCACGUCGCGACCCUCGCCCACCUGACCUGCAAGACGUACGCCCGCGAGCUCGACCGCGACGAGCUCGACGUGCGCCAGGUCCUCGUCAAGGAGCUGCGCAGCGACUACCUCGCCCUGUCGGCUCGCCUCGAGGAGACGUCGUACGAGGUCGUCCUGUCGAGCUGGAGCCUCCAUGGUUACGCCCAAAUGAUCCGCGCCGUCCAAGGGCUUCAGCAGGCGCUCAUCACGGCGUCGUCUGCCAUGGACCUCAUCUCUCAACUCGACCCCGAGGGCGUCAACAGCCGCCACCUCCUCGCCGAGGCCGAGACGACCCGCACCUUUGCCGACUUUCGCCACGGCAUCGACCUCGUCAUCGCCGAGAUCGUCGACGAGCUCGUCGGCGCCAAGGGCGUCCCUGUCGAGCACGACCCGGCCCUCGACCAGGACUCGGCCGAGGCGCCGUCUGACCGUCAAGGCGGCAGCGUCGGCGAGCCCCAGGGCCCAACGCCCGCCGCCGACGCCGACGAGCGCCUCGGGCACGCGCUCCACACGACGCCGACGCCGUCGGCCGCGCAGGAGAAGGUCCUCACGGUCGCCGCACGGCUCAAGCGCGAGGUGCAGGAGUCCGAGGAGCGGCAGCGCCGCCUGCGAGGGCGCAACAGCAGCUCGCGCUCGGCGAGCGCGUCGCGCCCGGGCACGCCCAGGUCGACGCCGGCAUCGGGCACGGCGACGCCGACUGGGUGGGCAGGAGCGAGCGUCGAGGAGCUCGAGGCGCACCUGUCGCGAGCGCGCAAGUCGUCGUCGUCGAGGACCCGCACCGAGGCCGAGCAACCCCUUCCCGGCGAGGAGGCGGUCCCGGAGAAGAACCCGGCGCGCACGACCGACCCGGAAAAGGCGACCGCGCCGGCCGACCGCCAAGGUGCCGUACCAGCUCGAGCCGGCGUCGUCGACAUCUUCCGCAAGGCGUGGGACGCGUUCGCGCGAGCGCAGCAGACGGCGCUCGUGUCGCUCAUCAAGGACGGCGCGCUCGAGGUCGACGACGUCCUGCGCAUCGAGAGCGGCAUGCCGAGCAUCAAGGAGCAGUACGCGCACCGCCUCCCCAAGGCGUGGACGUCGUCGCUCAUCGCCCAGACGCCGCUCGCCCGCCUGCGAUCGCGCGGCGACACCCUGUCCAACGUCGGCGCUGGCGGUGCCGGCGACGACGACAACGACGACGACGACGACGAUGCGGCCGACGAGGUGCCCUGCUCCGAGGCCCUCACGAAGAGCUACUCGCUCCUCUUUGGCCUCGGGCAGCUCACCGAGGAGCUCGCGACGCUGCACGACAUCGUCGUCGCGCGCCAGCCGCACCGCCGCGUGCGCUUCUUCAUCGUCCAGAUGGUCGUCGACUCGGUCCGCCAGCUGUUCCGCCCGCGUGACGGCAUGAAGCUCCAGGAGGCGCUCGCCGUCCUGCACGGCAAGGAGUACAAGCCCGAGGAGAAGUCGCGCCUUUCCUACCUCGUCCGGGCCGAGCGGUGGUUCUGGGGCCAGCGGUCGCUGUACGCCCUCAAGGUGGCCAUGGGCGCGACCAUCUACACCUUGUUCGCCCUCGCGCCGACGCUCCAGACGCACGUCUUUCUCCCGUUCGGCCAGGUGUCGGCCCUCAUCACCGUCAUCGUCGCCAUCGCGCCGACGCUCGGCGGCACCCUGUCGACCUGGCUCCUCCAGAUCUCGGGCACGGGCGCAGGCGCCCUCGUCGGGCUCGUCGUUCUCGAGAUCUUCCGCAACGUCGGCGGCUACGACUACAACCCGUUCGGCAUCGUCGCGCUUGGGUCGCUCUGGUUCGCCUUCUCUUCGUACAAGUUCCUGCGGUACCCGGCCAAGUACACGCAGUCGCUCCUGUACGUGACCGGCUUUGGCGGCAUCUGCCUCCAGGAGUUUGUCUACAACGACACCCCGGGCGAGACGCGCCGCUUCGACAGCCCGGGCCUGCGCUUCGGCUACACGAUCGCGUCGCUCGCCAUCUCGAUGGGCAUCUCGGCGGCGUUCCAGCUCCUCAUCUUUCGCCAGCCCGCCCGUCACCGCCUGCGCAUCCAGCUCGCCGAGGUCAUGUUCGCCCUGUCGGCGUACAACUCGCUCCUCCAGGCCUACGUCAACCUCGUCGCACCGGCCGACGAGGCGCCCGUGCCGCCGCAAGACGCUCUCGCCCAGGUGCAGCGCGACCUCAUCAAGCGCGAGGGCAAGGUCCAGAGCAUGAUCCUCGCGCUCGCGCCCACCUUCGAGUUUGCCAAGGUCGAGCCUAAAUGGUGGGCUCCUUUCCAGGGCGAGCUCCUCCUUCGCAUCAUCCGCAGCCAGCAAAUCAUCCUCGACCGUUUGCGCGAGGCGAGAACGGCGGUCGGCUUGCGCGGCUUCAACGAGACGGUCCACCGAGAUUUCGCCAACGUGCUGUUCCCGUACCGCCUCCACUCGCAGCGCCUCGCUCGCACCCUCUUCUACCUCGGCGCGACCUCGUUACUCGCCAAAACGCAGCUCGCCCGCGACGUCCCGUCGUCCAAGCCUACGUGGGCCUCGUUCGAGCGCGACGCGCUCGUCCUGAGCCGGAGAAUGAGCAAGCUUCCUCGCGGCGAGGAGGAGCUCAAGCGGCCCGGCUUCUUGCGCUACUGGUUCUACCUCGUCAGCCUCGGCUCAGUCAGCAGCGAGCUCGAGGAGCUCGAGAAGCACCUCGGCGACGUUCGGCGACCCCGACGUGUCCAACCCGUACAUAUCAUAGACUUGUCGCCUCUGCGGCCCCUCUCGUCUCGCCGUCUACCGUGCCGCGUCGACGUCGUCGGUGCCCUCGCGCGCUCGAACCCUUGUUGUCCUCCCUCCUCUUUGCGCAUCUUUUCCACCUUCUGUAGAUCUGUUUAGACGUCGUUGACAAGCACAUGAGCCUCGUAUCGC